AUGGACUCCCAGAGGCCUGAGCCCAGAGAGGAGGAGGAGGAGGAACAGGAACUGCGGUGGAUGGAGCUGGACUCCAAAGAGGCCCUGGGAACCAGGACAGAGGGGCCUAGUGUCGUCCAGGGCUGGGGGCACCUGCUCCAGGCCGUGUGGAGGGGCCCUGCAGGCCUGGUGACGCAGCUGCUGCGGCAAGGGGCCAGCGUGGAGGAGAGGGACCACGCAGGCCGGACCCCGCUCCACCUGGCCGUGCUGCGGGGCCACGCGCCCCUGGUGCGUCUUCUGCUGCAGCGAGGGGCCCCGGUGGGCGCGGUGGACCGGGCGGGGCGCACCGCGCUGCACGAGGCCGCCUGGCACGGACACUCGCGGGUGGCCGAGCUGCUGCUGCAGCGCAGGGCCUCGGCGGCGGCGCGCUCCGGGACGGGCCUCACGCCGCUGCACUGGGCCGCUGCCCUGGGCCACACGCUGCUGGCCGCGCGCCUGCUGGAGGCUGCGGGCCCAGGACCCGCGGCAGCGGAGGCGGAGGACGCGCGCGGCUGGACGGCGGCGCACUGGGCGGCCGCGGGCGGGCGGCUGGCGGUGCUGGAGCUGCUGGCGGCCGGCGGCGCGGGCCUGGACGGCGCCCUGCUCGUGGCUGCCGCUGCGGGGCGUGGGGCGGCGCUGCGCUUCCUCCUGGCGCGCGGGGCGCGGGUGGACGCCCGGGAUGGCGCGGGGGCCACAGCGUUGGGUCUGGCGGCCGCCCUAGGCCGCUCCCAGGACAUUGAGGUGCUGCUGGGCCACGGGGCAGACCCAGGCAUCAGGGACAGGCAUGGCCGCUCUGCGCUGCACAGGGCUGCCGCCCGGGGACACCUGCUCACCGUCCAGUUGCUGGUCACCCAGGGGGCCAAGGUGGAUGUGCGGGACACCCUGGGCCUCACACCCCUGCAUCACGCCUCUCGGGAAGGCCACGUGGAGGUUGCCGGCUGCCUCCUGGACAGGGGUGCCCAGGUGGAUGCUACCGGCUGGCUCCGAAAGACCCCCCUACACCUGGCUGCAGAGCGAGGGCAUGGGCCUACCGUGGGGCUUCUGCUGAGCCGAGGGGCCAGCCCCACCCUGCGGACGCAGUGGGCCGAGGUGGCCCAGAUGCCUGAGGGGGACCUGCCCCAGGCGCUGCCUGAACUUGGAGAGGGGCAGAAGGAGUGUGAGGGCACAGAGUCCAUGGGCUGAGCCAGACAGCAGGCUCCAGGCUCCACCGCCCCAGUGAUUUCCAGGCUCUCUGGCUGAGGCUGCCUGCCUGGAGGGGACAUCAGGGAAGAGGCUGCCGGAGGAGGGGAUGGGAGAAAGUAGGGAAUGUGGCUUGAGCUGCAGUCACAGGCCUUGGCUGGACCAGGGAUGGCCCCUAGCUCCCAGGAGGGCCCACUGACCCUGCAGCUCCAGCCUUCUCCGUACUUCAACAAAAAAUGAGUUGUGGCAAUGAGGGAAGAGAGACCCUCUCAUAUUGUUUUAUACUCAGUACCUGUUUUAAGAAAAAACAAGAAGGAAGUAAAAACCAAAGACAGGCAGCCUGGCGCUAGGCCCGAAACCAGGCCUGCGCCUGCCUGGCCUAAACCCAGUAGUUGAAAAUCAAUUCAUAACUUAGAAACCGAUGUUAUUCAUAGAUUCUAGACAUUGUAUAGAAGAACAUUUGUGAAAGUCCCUGCUGUGUUCUGUUUCUCUCUGACCGCCGGUGCAUGCAGCCCCUGUCAUGUACCGCCUGCUUGCUCAAAUCAAUCACGACCCUUUCAUGUGAAAUCUUCGGUGUUGUGAGCCCUUAAAAGGGACAGAAAUUGUGCAUUUGGGGAGCUCGGAUUUUAAGGCAGUAGCUUGCCGAUGCUCCCAGCUGAAUAAAGCCCUUCCUUCUACGA